AUGACUUCGCACUACAUUGAAAAUGAAAGUAAUGCCAAUCAAUAUUAUUUUGAUGCUAACAACAAAGCUGCUGCGCAAGUGCAAAGACUAGCACACGAUGCAACGUAUGCUUCGCCUGUAACAGUCUCAACAAUAGCUGGUGCAUCUGAAUUUUCAUCUUAUCCCGUCGGUGUUUCAGGUACACGUUCGCCAAAUCAACAAAUUCGACCAGAACGAAAUGGAUAUGUUGACAGUGAUCCAUACCAAAUACCACAGCAACAUCAAUCUGUUGCCGGAUUUAAUAAAAGUGUGUCUCAACAACAAUAUCAAUCAUCUUCAUCGCCUGUCCCUCAAGUCAAAGCUACUGUACGAACGAUAAGUAGUCCAGAACCACAACAUGCAUCUUCUGUUCAAUAUCAACAACAGCAACAGCAACAGCCGCAGCCAACACAACAACGACAACCACAACAGCAGGCAUAUGAAAAUUACGAACAACAAGGUUCACCACAGUCAUCACGAGUUUUAACUCAACACCAACAACAUCAAUACGAUUCUCGUCAACAACUUGGACAAUCGACAGGCGUUUCAGCCUUUUAUCAAGCGCCAAGCUCUGCUCAAUAUACACAUCAUGAUGUAGACCAACGAACGGAAAGUCCAUCGCGAGGUCGUGACCCAAAUGUACAGGUUCAGCAGGUACCAAUUCGACAAAUACCUGUUAGCUCGCAUCAACAAAAUGAUACGAGUGCAAACUAUCAACAACAAUCUCAACAGCAGGUAACCUCUCAGCCUUCUCCUAAACAAGUAGAACCUCAGCAACAACAUGAAGAUCAACUUCAACAAUACUACAGUCAAUUGACCCCGGAACAAUAUCAACAAUUGUUACGUCAACAACAAAUUCAAAGACAACAACAAGAAGAACAAAAAAGACAACAACUUGCUCAACAACAAUAUUAUUUACAGCAACAACAGGAACGACAACGUACUGAACAACAACAAAAUCAACCGAGUCGUUCAAAUCAAGAAGGUCAACAUUAUGAUGAGCAUCAAGAAAGACGAGUCUAUCAAAAUUCGUCAACUCAAGAGCAACAACACCGACCACAAGGUCAGGAUCAGUAUGAUGCUUAUAAUUAUCGACCUCAACCAAUUCAAACUACUGUUUUAACAAAUAUCAAUCAAGAUUCUUAUCGACCACAACAACAUGGUGAACAAGGUCAACCAGAUGCUUAUUACGAGCAGCAACGUCGAGUUGCUUCUCAACAAUCACCUUCAUCAUCUACCUACCAACAAGAACAAAAACAUCGUUCAACAGUUACUAUUGGUGGAGGACCACAACAACAAAUAACUUCGAAUCAACAGCAGCACGCUCGAGUCGAUCCGGAACGACAAGGUCUAGACGAGCAAGAAUAUUAUGCAGCUCAAUUGGCUCGUCAGCAACAACAAGAACGAGAACAUUUAGCUCAAAUAGGAGCUGCUCAACAUGCUCAAAAACAAGAACGAGAAUAUCCUGCUCAACUUGAAACAACUCAACGUCAACAGGCUGCUCAUAAGGUUCAAUUCCAACCCCAACCCCAACAACAACAGCAGGAACAACAACAACAACAACAAGCUGUACAACCAGUUGGAAUUAGAGGUCUUAUGAAUAAAUUUACUGGUCCAACCAAGAUUCCAACAUACGAACCAAAAAAUAAAACUGCAACAUCACAUCAAUAUUCAAGCUCAACUCAUACAUCUUCGACUGGAACAGGUCAAACGACAACAACAAAAACAACUCAAUCUUCAAAAAUAUGUUCAAUGACAUAUUCAGCGUUACCGAAACCUCAAGAACCACCUGUGAACAGUGUUGAAUAUUAUAAAAUGAUGCAACAAGGAAACGUAAAUUCAACAUCAUCAAAUGUUCAACAAACAGCUGCCCCACCACACAUUCAAGGUCCUGCACCUGGUUUCGGUGCAUUACGUGAACGUUUUAAGGGUGGAUCUGUUUCUGAAAGUACUGAUCCCAUACAAGAUAUACGUCGACAACAACAACAAUCGAAUGCAGGCAAUAGCAGUCUCGGAUCAUUACGUGAUCAAUAUGUGAACCGAGCAAAAGAGUCAACUCAAUCUCAAGAAGAAUCGUUCUCGCAACGUAUUCAAAGUGUAUCUCGAUCAACUGUUGCCUCAAAUCAAUCAGCACAACACCAACAACCAAUAACACUUGUGCAAAAUAUUCCUCAACAAGAAGAAUUAGAAGUGCAAAGUGAAAGUGUUGAUGAUCAAGUAAUUUCAUCUGAAGGUGCGGUCGCUGAAGGUGGUUCAUCUGACGGUGCAUCACCUAUUGAAAACGAUACUAAUUUAGUUACAGCUGAGGUUAUAUGA